AAAAAAAAAGAAGAAGUUAGAAUUAGAAAAAUUAAUUUACUGUUCUGCAUUAUGAGGCUCCUUCGGAUCCUAUAAAAUAGUGCGUUUUGCAGUAUUUUCGGCCAGCUGAAUUCUUCUUCUUACUUGAUUCACCCUUCACUCCCAAAUCCUUCUCUCUCUAAAACCGAAGAAUUCCUGAAGAAGAAUAGCAGAGGACUGCAAGUUUCCAUCUAUGUUUUUACUCAGUAUUUGACUGUAUCCACUUUCAGUGAUUCCCUUCGACCUAUAUUCCCUCAACUUUUCUUGAAAAUUUUUCACUUUUUUUUCUUUCUAAAGAAAUACAUACACGCAGUGACUGUGUGUAAGGUUUAUGAUGCUCUCUUUAUGGAAAUGGGAGUCUCUUCUUUAGAGUAUCAUUCCUUUCCUCGAACUUUCCCGUAAUAAUCCUAGAUUUUUUUCUUUUUCUGGUUCACGGUUUCUCUCUUUAACUUUGCUCUUUCUCUUUAUUCUCAAAGAAUCUCUUACCCACCUCUUUAUUCUCUUUCGCUUUCAAAUGGACUCUGAAAAAAGUCUUUCGAUUCUUGAAUGAAUGCACAACGACAAGAAGAAAUCAUGUUGUCCAAUAAAGGAGUCAAGUACAGCGAACACUUGAAGCAGACAACAAUCGACAGCAACGAGGCUGGAAAUUCUAUUCCUGGCAGGAAAAAGCCAUCCCAGAUGGAGACACAGUCCGGCGACGCCGCAGACGCCAGAACAAUCAGGUUUUCUUUCACCGACUCUUACGCCACUGACUCCUCCAGUGAUGAAGAGGGAUUCUUUAUCAAACGCCAGAGAGUGAAGAAAUUCAUGUACGAGGUGAAAAUUCAGCCAAGUUGUAGAGAAAAAGGAAGUGUCAAUGUUAAUGAAACUACCACUGCUCCGGCCGUUUUGGGAAAUAGCCGGCGGCCGUCCAAGGCGAUGAAACGGAAGAAAAGUAGUGGCAGACAGAAACAAAGCGGUGAAAAUGAUACCAGAGUUGGAAAUAUGAGGAAGUUCCGCGGCGUACGGCAGCGGCCAUGGGGCAAAUGGGCGGCAGAGAUUCGAGACCCCUUUAGGCGUGUACGGCUGUGGUUAGGCACAUACGACACGGCGGAGGAGGCUGCUAUGGUAUACGAUCACGCGGCGAUCCAGCUGCGUGGUCCUGACGCGCUCACAAAUUUCUCAGCUCCUUCGCGAACGGACAACAAAACAAACUCCGGCGAGGAGUCCGACAACAUUGUGAAAUCACCUAAGUCUGUUCUCCGAUUCUCCUUGGCGACUGACUCGCAAACCGAAGCUGAAGCUGAAGCCGAAUCAUCGUCGAUCUUUUCGCCGCGAAACAAUGCCGUUUCGUUGAAGGAGAAUGAGGAUAUUGCCUUAUGGGAGAACCUCUCGGACUUUCCAAUAUUUCCGUCGGGUGAAGAUAUGUUGCGGGGAUUCGAGGACCCGCUUCCCGUACUCGGUUUGUUCGAUCAAACGGGUUUCCCAGAUUGUAUCCUCGGGUUUAAUUUGGAUUGUUGCAACGACAUGCUUGUUGAGUCUAGCAACGAUGCCGGUUUUGGGCAGACGGAUGACUACUUUCAAGAAUUUGGUGAUAUAUUCGGGUCGGAUCCUCUAGUUGUACUUUGAGUUCUGAAAAGUUUUAAGAACGAAUUCGUUUCAGUGAAGAAGAUUAUGCACAACGGCGGGAUUUGCGAAUUAGCAAGAAAUAAGAACAUCCAUCUUUUGCUGAAUUAUCGGAUGUUUUUUUCUUUUUCUUCUUGGGUUUUGGUGUUGGUGUGAAUUUAUUAAUUUAUGAGUAGUAAAUUGCAAUUAUUACAAUUAUUGUUGCUAUUUUAAUUAUGAAUUAUUUCUAAGAUGAGAUGAGACAUGUCUUUUGUCA